CCCGGCCAGAACCGGGCUGUCAGUCCAUCCUGCAACACGCCCCAUGCCCUGCCUGCUGUCCCACAGCCUUGGUGGCACCGGGACCGCCGUGCCGUGCCAUCCCGUGCCGUGCCAUCCCGUGCCGUGCCAUCCCGUGCCGUGCCAUCCCGUGCCGUGCCAUCCCGUGCCGUGCCAUCCCGUGCCGUGCCAUCCCGUGCCGUGCCAUCCCGUGCCGUGCCAUCCCGUGCCGUGCCAUCCCGUGCCGUGCCAUCCCGUGCCUUACCUGGAACAGGGACUUCCAACCCAGGACCCUCAUCCCACAGCACACCCAGUACCGGCCCCCGUCCCAUCUCCUGCCUCACACGAUACAGUCACAGAAUGGUUGGGUUGGAUGGGACCUCAAAGAUUAUCUGUUUCCAAGCUCCUGCCGUGGCUGGAGUUGCCAACAGCUAAAUCAGGAACCAGGUUCUGUGGGGAGUGCCUGCAGCCCUGCCUCCAGGUGCCAUCCCCGCUCUGCCCGCUCUGCCGCAUGCCCUUCGACCCCAAGAAGGUAGAGAAGGCUUCCAGUGUGGAGAAACAGCUCUCAUCCUACAAGGCUCCCUGCAGAGGCUGCAGCAAGAAGCUGAAUGUGUUCCUGCAGCCUCUGGGAAUGUUUCUCCUCUCCUCCUCCAGGUGACCCUAGCGAAAAUGCGGUCUCACGUCUCGUCUUGUGCAAAGGUGCAGGAGCAGAUGGCCAACUGCCCCAAGUUUGUCCCAGUUGUCCCCACAUCCCAGCCUAUCCCCAGCAAUAUUCCCAAUCGCUCAACGUUUGUGUGCCCAUAUUGUGGGGCCCGGAAUCUGGACCAGCAGGAACUGGUAAAGCACUGCAUGGAGAAUCACCGCAAUGACCCCAACAAAGUGGUGUGCCCUGUCUGCUCAGCCAUGCCCUGGGGGGACCCCAGCUACAAGAGUGCAAACUUCCUGCAGCACCUCCUGCACCGGCACAAGUUCUCCUACGACACCUUUGUGGACUACAACAUCGACGAGGAGGCAGCGCUGCAGGCUGCUCUGGCUCUGUCACUCUCUGAGAACUGAGGGCUGCCGUGGAGCUUUGCUUCGGAUCCCACCUCACACCCCUUUUUGCACACUCGACCUUCCUGCUGGGGAAGGCAUGGAACUCGUUGCCCCCUGAGAAUCACGGCCUCUCUUCCCUCACCUCUCUGGGCAGAUUCCACCACCACGAAGAAGGGGCAGAUGCCUCAGCAUCACUCUGGACUGGUGAGUGAGCAGAGCCGUCCGCUGCUGGGAGGAGAGAGGACAGGGGGCCGUUCCUCAGUUAGGCAUUUCAUAUCCGUACACGGAGUGUAUACCUGUAUCCAGAUCUAUUUAUUAUUAGAUGCUUUUUGGCACCGUUGGUCUUCAUGCUCUUUGUUGCAACUUGAUAGGUACGUAAAACUACGUUGCGUUUUAUGCGGAAAUGCCCUCGUUUCAAACUGCAACCAUCCACGUCCUUUUGAGGUUUUGUUUUCCUUUUUGGAAAAGGAAGAAAGCAGCACAGAGUGUUUUGUUCCUUUUUAAACCCCACGAGGUUAUUUCUGGAGACGUCGCUCCGUCCGUCCGUCCAUCCCCCCCCCACGCUGCAGUUGGGAGCUGCCUCCUCUCCCUGCUGCCACACAGCCCAGCCCAAAAGCAGCAGGGCUGAAUCCCAGAGCGAGACUGCAGGCCUGCUGUGCCCACCUUGGAGCUGUGGACCUGUCCCAGUGCGACUCCCACCUCCCUCCUUUUGUACCAGCUCUUGUAAUACUGCGUUCUGUUUUUCUACAUGAAGCGGCGUGACGCCUUUUCCACGUUUUAUAGAGCAGGAACAGAAGCUGUUACUCUUCACACCGCAAUAUCCGUCACUGGGGACGAGAGUAUUUUUAUGGGACAUUAUUAAGAAAGUAUAUUUUUUAACAAAGCAACAAAAAGAAACCAACCAAACGAACGUGCUGUGGAUUUGAAAUGGGAGAGGGAGGGAAGAGCUGGACCCUGGGCCUGCGGCUGGGACUCUGCUGAGCCAUGUGAGCAGCUGGGCUUCCUCCUCUCUUCUCUCCAACCUGUUCUGUCCCCUUCUGCUGUCAGCUUUUCUCUGCAGGCAGUGAUGAGGCCGUGUCAGCGCAGUGCUGUGUUCAGAGCACAGCCAGCCCCACAGCUCUGCUUCAAAAAGGACCUUUGGGAGGACAAGCAGCCCCUUUGUCGCGUGGCUGUGAUCCCUGGGCUGUUGGCUGCGUCGCUGGGCUCCUCGGGUUCCUGCUGGGUGCAGCUUCUCUGAGCUGUGAGUGAGCUUCCUUCCUCUCUGCCCACAGUUUGCUCUCUCAGAUGCUUGUGAUUAAACAGCAAGCAGUGUUUGAGUGCUGGGCUUUGAGCAAAGGGUGCAGCCCACCAGGCUGGGCUUGCAAAAGCUCUGCUGGAAAUUGCCC